UGUAUUUUAUUUGCUUAGUGAGAUUAUGGACCAACCGCUUUGAUUUCGGCUGGAGCUGGACGUGCCACUUUUUCACAGCUGUGAGAUAAACACAGGAAAUAAUACAAACACAAGAUACAUCUUGAAAUGGGAUAAGCAGAAAAAAAGAAUAAGCUCGGAAUGGUUGUUUCUUACAUGCUUUAUUGCACCAUCAGAGAGUCAGCGAUUGGUCAGUGGAAACUAUUUUGGAGGCCUAAACAGUAUGCAGAGGCCAUUUGUUCUGUUUGAGACAUCAUGUGAGCCGUUGUGGGCCAAAAGCAACAACACACAAAUAGCUGCCAUGGUAAAUCUCAUGCUUGUUAUACAAACAGCAUUACAACUCUCCAGGGAGAAAUUACUACAGUUACAGAAGGACAAUGUCCACAACACUGGACUUUUGUUGGAGAAGUUUUCUAGUGAGAAAAUGAAAUAAUUAUCAAUCUAUAUGAUUUGCUAUGUCAUGCAAAUGUUCACACUCAAAGAGGCAAGAUUAUAUUUUCUCCUCCUGAGGUUAGACUACUGUACAUAGUUUAAGUCCCUUCUGGCCUAUUUAUAGUGUUGGCCCUUGCAACAAUGUCAUCUGUAACUCGAUUCCAUCUGUUAAGUCAGAGCAUGUUCAAUGUGAGUUGCCAGAAGCAGAAGCACUGCAGUUCUCUUCCCGCUGACUCUCCUACCGGGAGCCCCAUGGAGUCUGUGGGUCAAGCAAGACCUUCUGGGGCUUGUAACCUCUUAGAAGUGCCAGGCCUAAACUCCCUGGACGUGGACGAUGAUGAGCAUGAGGUAGUGAACGGCAUCAGGCCCAAAUCUUCUCCUCUCCCACGUAGAAAGAGCUCUGUCAGUGACGAGGACUCAGAGCCUGAGCCACCCCUGUCUGGCUCCAGGAGAGUGUCCUUUGCAGAUGCCAAAGGCCUCAGUUUGGUGCAUGUAAAGGAGUUUGACACUUGGGAUGUACCCAAGCUGCCAGUAUGUGACUCUUCUGAGGGCAAAGGUAGAGAUGCAGAGGAAUACUUCCUAUCUCCUCUCACUUUCUCCCUUCCAUUGUCUAAUAAGGAGCUGUUUUUCAAAGUCCGGGAGCAGAAAUUGGAGUUAGAGGCUAUUGAGUUACUUCCAGGGACCACAAUACUGAAAGGAGUGAUCCGUGUCCUCAACAUCUCUUUCGAUAAGGCGGUAUAUGUCCGAACCACUUUGGACUCGUGGUCCAGCCACUUUGACCUCCUGGCAGAGUACAUGCCUGGUUCCAGUGACAGUCUGAUGGACGGUUUCUCGUUUAAGCUCACCCUGGUGCCUCCAUUCGGGGAGCAGGGAGUAAGAGUUGACUUUUGUCUGCGAUAUGAGACUCCAGUGGGGACAUUCUGGGCCAACAAUAACGAAAGGAACUACGUGCUUUUCUGUCACCAGAGAGUGAAAGAAAGGAAAGAGAAGCCACAGAAGGAACAUGUGAACAAAAAAGGCUGCCUUAAGACUUUCAGUCAGAACUUCCCCACUGUGGAAAACAUGUCGGCAGCGGAAGAUUCAUCUGAGAAAAACAUUUCACAAGAUGUGUCACAACAUGGAGAGGAAGCGGAUGCUAUGAAAGCUAAGCAAACCCCUGAUUGCCAGUCAGGAUCAUCAGAGGAAGAUCAAAAGAAAAUACUGACCGAGAACAGACUGAACUGCAGCCAAAGACGUUGCAGAAAGGCUGCACGGUUGGCUCGGAUGAGGGACUACUUUUCUCAGACAAAUGAUGGAGCGGAUGACAGUGAAAGAGAUGAAUCACCUCCAGAAGCAAAACAGGCAGCUCAAGAAGAAACCCCGGAGGAACAACACUCCGAUGUGCGAUCAUUUCCUGAGGGGAGCAGUAAAUCAGAAGGUUCUCACUUUGUUUCAGAAUCUCUGGAAACAUGCAGCAAACCUCACCUUGAUGUUCAACAGGAUACAUCACCAGCACACAACUGCACGUCUAACAACGAGACCGAGGAAUCUGAGAGCAUCAAUUUGGCUGACUCAGCCACAUUAACAGGAGGUGAGAGUGUCACAGAUAUUCUAGACAACCCAUCAAAUGAUGAGCUUGCUCCCGCAGAAUGCCAAAAUAUCAACAAGUCCUUCUCAAACGCUGAGGAAUGCGACAUUGCAGCUGAACCAGCUGACAGAGUUAUUUCAGCAGUGAUCAGUGAAAGCCUUGUUAGCCAGACCAACAGCUUCACAUUUGGAACUGUGGUGGCGCCGCUGUAUCAUCAGGUGUUUGGCAGGUUGGAAAGUGAACGUGAUCAGGCAAAUCCAGUACGAGCUACACUGAACUCUGGAAUAGUAACUCAAAGUUACACUCACACUGAAAACGCAGUCACUAGCAGCACUGUUCAUACAGACGCUAAGGAUGACGACGUUCAGGGAAACGGGACCGAGACCCAGGAACCAAACAAAGAAUGCUUAGAUGCCACCACAAAUAGCACUGCCGUUGAAGAAGAAGAAACUAAUUUGAGUAUGACAGCAGCAAACAACAUCAUGCACCAUGCAGAAACACUGCAGGAUCCAGAUGAUGUUAUACAUUCAGACCAGAGACGCACUAAUACACCGGAGGUUCCAAAAGCUAUUUCAGGAGAAAGAGUCAUAGAUGUACAUGCUGUAAACAUUUUAAAUACACAUUUGUUGAAUCCACAAAUACCCACUGAGAAUUUACAUCUACGGGGAGAAGCGCAGGAAGACAAUCUCACUCAUGAGCUGCCAGAUCACACAUGUGCACAAACUAAAACUAAUCUAGAUGUAACCCUUGCACACAGUGAAACACAAGAAGUCCUGAUCAGUCAAGAAAGCUCAUUUAUGUCACUUCAACUUUCUCAGAGUGUAUCAGAGUGUGUUAGUGAUGACGACAAUGAUGACGUUGGCAAAACAGCAACUAUAUCAUCAACCAAUGCCAUCACAGAGGAGGAUAAAGCUUUCCAUGAUGUGAAUCCUGACCACAUCAAUAAUUCAGCUACGAAAGGAACCGACAAUAGCUACGUUUCUAGCUUUGAGAUUGUGGAGGAAAAGAACGUCACAACAACUCAGAUAUCUUUUGAAACUUAUAAUGUGGGAGAAGGAUAUAAACUAGUUAAGAACUUGCAUAAAGAUGAAACAAAACACUCUGCUGAAAUGAACGUCAUUGGUGAGGUAGCGGAGUCAAUGACAAAAGCAACAAUGAGUAAUCACAUACACGGUGACACGUUCUUGGAGCCCAAAAAUGAAGAUACACAAAAAAUAGAGCAUCUUGAAAUGGAAGCCGCUGUCGCAAAACAGGAGAAUUUGUGUUUUGCAGACACUGCUGAAGUAAACUAUGAAAUGAUAGUUGAAGAAGAGGAGAAAAACAUAUUAACAGAAGAAAAGGAAAGUGAGGCACUAAGUUUAAAAACAGAGAACAAGGCUGAAGAUGCAGAUGUUUUUGAGGGAGAGCACAAGACUGGAGAGGAGGACAUUGGGAAAAUUGUGGCUGGAAAAAACAGGGAAGAAGUUGUGAAAGAUUUAGACUGUGUUCAAGACAUAAAGACAGCUGGAGAGGAAGAAGUAGCUGAGGAGAUUCAAGUAGAGAAAAGAGAGGAACAAGAGGAGACAGAGUUAGAGAAAGAAAAACACUUUGGAGAGAUGCAAGAGGUCAAUAUUGAAAAGACAAACGUCCGAGAUGAAGAGGAGAUAGAGGAGGAGGAAGAAAUGGAAAUAGACUUGACCAAUGACAAUGAAGCAAGUUUGGAGUGGGAGGAUGAGGUAAAACCAAGGGAGCAAAAUGUAGAAGAAGAGAAUCCAGAUUAUAAGGAGGAAAUUCUAGUCGCUGAAACAGGAGGGUCAGAGAUUGUAGAUGCAGAGUCGGAGACCAUGAUAAUCGACAGGGGGAAUGAAGUGGGGUGUUUUGAAGAGAGGUUAGACAGUACACAAAACAAGGUUGAAGAUGGUUUAUCUGCUCUGGUGAACAAUGUGCAGCGCAAGAGAGUAAUAGACAAAGAACAUGAUGGACACAUCCCAACUGAAAUGCAUCUUUACAAGGAGGAAGAUUUCCAAACCAACAAGAAUGUUACACAUGACCUAUCACAAGAUGCUAGAUAUGAAAGCGAAAUUGUUGCUGCAGAGGGCGGCUCGUGCAUUUUUACAGAUGAACCUAAAAGCAACCCAACAAGCCAUGACAGCGCUUCAGCAGAGUCCGACUCAGACGAUGAGGUGGAGUUGUACAUGCGUUGUCUGAGGGCCGUUCACUCCGGGCCACCGGCCCAGAAAGACAUGAACAAAGACACAGGUUUUAGUGCGGGCAAAAGGCCUUCUAUAAGCAGAAGCAAACUGCUGUCCACACCCAUGCCAUCCAUCUGUGAAUCUCUGGAUGAAGAACAGCACCUGAGCCAUCUGAAGGACAACAACGAGGACACCCAACACACAACUGCAGCUCUGCCAGCGUCAAGUGGACAGGAAAGCAGCAACAGAAAUGUUUCAUGGUGGAAAGAAACUAUUUCCUGCAGCAAUAUCUCAAAAACAUUGUUAUGCGCCACCUUGUUAAUGGUAUUUUUAGUUGUGGCCUACCGUUAUGAUUUUCUUGCCUGUUUUGGGCUCUACUUGAUAUCAGUGGUUUGGCUCUACUGUCAAAGAGAAAGGCGGCCAGAACAACAAAAGCAACAACAGAAUAGGUUGAAUUGAACUGUAAAAAUUGGUUUUAGUUGUAUUGUAUUUUAGUGGUAUUGUUUACCAUGGACUUCAGAGGUUCACGGGCGUACAAGGUGCUGACAUGACACCCACAAAAUAAUAACUCUCUCCUUUUGCUACCUCAUACCACAAUUUGAUUAUUCCCACGAUUUAAUAUUUCAGCAAGACCUACAAAAUACUAAUGGUUUAAAUAGAAGAAGUACAAAUAGAAAAUACAUACAAACAUUGAAUGAUUAAUAGGCAUUACAAGUAUAUAUGACCCAUAUCAGAAUAAAUGCUGUGUAUUCCCUAUGGGAGGACGUUAACUCUCUGUUGUGGGAGUAAAAACCCAUUUUCUUUAUGCUUUACUGUACAUAAAACUUAGUGUCGACAACAGGCUGCGGACCAUUGCUCACACGGAUUAGUUCUGCACAGCAGUAAUGCAUUUUUGGGAUGUAAAUGAAACCUAUCAGUGUUCUGUGUGCAUUCACUUUACAUAAGUCUGGAAUGAAUAAAAUUGUAGGCCUACUAAAGACAAAUAA